AUGGAAAUUAACAGUGAAUCGAAUCAACUUAUGGCUGAAACUAAGAAACAAUCUAAAUGGUGGCAUCAUCGUCGAACUAAAAUAAUUGGGCUUUCCUUUAUAGUUUUGAUAAUUCUCACAAUUUCUCUAGCUUUGAUUCUAGAGUUUUCUAUACAUUCUCCAAAAGACUUAUACAGCACAACUACCACUACAGUUCAACCACCCGUAUGGUAUGCUACUGGAAAUAUGAAUACUCGACGAGAAAGGCAUACAGCAAUUUUGUUGAAGAAUGGAGAAGUACUAGUUACUGGUGGUUCCGAUGGUAAUUACUGCGUAUCUACUAAACGAUGUGAGCACACAGUAUCUAUGUUAACGAAUGGAAAAGUAUUAGUUGCGGGUGGUGACUCAAGUGGCGCUGAAUUAUAUGAUGCCGUAUCAGGCAUUUGGACAGCUAUUGAAAACAUGAAAACGGUACGAAUUGGACAUACAGCAUCGAUAUUAACAGAUGGGAAAGUGUUAGUUGCUGGUGGGGAGACUCACAGUGCUGAAAUAUAUGAUCCAGUAACAGAAAAUUGGACAAUGACUAGUAGUAUGCAUCGUCCACGAUAUCAACAUACAGCUGCUGUGUUAGCUAAUGGAACUGUAUUAGUCGCUGGCGGUUCAAAAACUGUAUAUGAAGGCAUUACGAAUACCUGUGAGUUAUAUAAUCCAGUCACUGGCAUUUGGACAGUUACUGGUAAGAUGAAUCAGCGACGGAUGCAACACACUAUGUCGGUAUUAGCAAAUGGAAAGAUACUAGUUACUGGUGGGCUGAGUGAUGCGCGACAGUAUCUCAAAAGCGCUGAAUUAUACGAUCCAUUGACAGGAAUCUGGAAAACUACUGGUAAUAUGAGUUUUCCACGCGCUAAACACACAGCAUCCACAUUAAGAAAUGGAAAAGUGUUAGUUUCUGGUGGAUUAGGUAGUAGUUUAGUACGAUACAGCACUGAGCUGUAUGAUCCAUCAACAGAAAUAUGGACGGUUGCUAAUAAUAUGAACAAGGAACGAUAUUUUCACACAGCAUCCGUGUUAGAAAAUGGAGAUGUACUAGUUACUGGCGGAUUUCAAGGUUAUAAUAGUGCUGAACUGUAUGUUUCAUCAGGAGAAAUUCCAGUAGUUAUCACUGAAACGACUUCGUCGUCAAACGCUCACAAAGUACUAGUGACCAAAGAGAAAACGUUAAGUAAUGAUCGGUACAAAAAUGCCAUUGAGAACUAUAAAAACUUGUAA